CCUCAGUCAACCUCCACUCAACCUACCUAACCUAACCUCUCUCUCCCUCCCUCGUCAGACGUGGAAAGAGCUCACAAAUACCACCAUCUCUCUUUCUUUCCCCUUCCCCUACCCUUACCCCCUUCCCCCAUCCUCACGGCCCUUUCUUGACCUCAGCUUCUUCGAUACCCAUACAGUUUUCGCUUUCUCUUGAUCAAUCUCGCAUCAUCUUUGUAUUCUCUUCUCUUUGGCUCUUCUCCACCCCCGGCGUCCUCUUCCGUUCAGCCUCCUCCACCUUGGCCGACCGUCGCCGCCCGCCCACGAUUCGGACGACGACGACGAUACCAACGACGCAACUUUCUCGAUCCUCAUCAUGAAUAAGUUGGCAAAUAUGCGUCACUGGUCGGAAAGAAUGGCUCCCAAUUUCGUAAUGGGCCGUCCUAAUAUGCCCAUGAAUGCCCUCAACCAUCCCAAGAACGCCGCUCAACCCGGUCAGCCCAUGGCUUCCCCUCAAGCCGCCGAUGCCACCAUUCUCUACUCGUUCAACAUCCCAUUCGCUUCCGAUCUUGCGGGCCCCGAUACUGAGGACAUUCUUCACGCGACCACUGACGCUGUCCUACGAUGGACACACCCCGAGGACGCGCCGGACGACGUCCAGAUUCACGAGCUGCCUGUCCAUGUUCAGAACCUGAACAACCUCCACAGGAUGUGCCAGGAAAUUACCAACGGGCCGCUUCCUGUUGAGGCGUACGUCCUGUCGACAAUGCUCAAGGGCGGAAAAGGCCAACAGGUUGCUACUGUUUGUCUCUCGGGCUCUCCAGAGCUGGUCCACAAGAGCCGAGAGACUAUUUUGAAUGAUACCCCAAUUUCUCUUCGCUGCACCACCAUUGAUAUUGAUGGUCAACUCGUCUGCGAUCUCAAUGCCGGAGUGCUCAAGAAGCCUGUUACUGAUACCCUCGAUUACAUCUCCACCUUCUGUGGCGUAGAUAUCUUUCUUCUUGGCCCUAAAUUGACCCCUGUUGUCGACGGUAUGACUGGUGAUGCUGAAUUACGCAUGGAUCAGCGCUGGAGAGUUGCUAUUUACGGUGAUAUACUAUCAUCCGAGCACGCAAAGGCUCGUGUUCUGAUCCACAUUGAUACUCUGCUUGGCCGAAUUGUCGAUGGUACCAAACUCGAGGCUUCCCUCCACCAGCUUGUCUGUGGCCGACAUCGCAAAAACAUCAAGCUCAUUGAGUCUUCCACUGGAACUGCCAUCUACUUCCCACCUCCGUUCUCGGCAAUGUAUCGCUACUGUCCUCCUAAAGCGACUCGCCGUGACCCCAACGAUAUUUUCAUCACUGGUGAAACACCCCAAGCUAUUGAAUUAGCAAAGCAGAAACUUCACGAAACUGUCCAGCGCAUCAGAUUGUACGUUAAAGACGUAACAAUUCCUGCUGCCAAGAUCGACAGUAUUCUGCUGGGUCGUCUAGAUAAGGUCCGGAAGAUUCUGGAGGCCAAUGGCACCUUCAUCAUGUUCCCUCCCCUGGCUACUCAGCGUAACAUGGUCCGAGUUCAAGGAAGUGAAGGUCUUCACGUUGAGCGAACUGUGCGAGAGAUCAUGUCCUUGGCUGGUCAAUUCUACAGUGCGGGAUGGUUCAUUCAGCCCGCUGAUGCCAGGCAUUUCCCUCACCCCAACGACAUCAAGAGUUUGCUCGUUGAUAUCUGCGCCAACUCCGAUGCCGAUCUUUCCUUCGAUAAACUGAGUUUCACCAUCACUGGCUCUGAUGACGCUGUCAAGACAGCUCUUCAAGUCAUAUCAGAGAUGAAGUUCAUUUCUCAAUCUCAGUACCAGAUCCGGGUCAAGAUUGAGCUUGCCAAUGAGCACAAGGAAUUCGUCAGUGGCAAAAAGAACGGCAAAAUCAACAAGAUAAUGGGACAGAGCAAUGUGCAGAUCAUUUUCGAUGGUUUCAACGAGUACAACUUCAACAUCGAUGUCAUGGCAGCAACUUAUGAGUCCAUGAAGCAGGGCCUCACUCUUGUGGAGCAAGAAAUGCCUGCAUCUAUUUCGUUCCAUGUGCCGGAUCAGUACCACAAACGCAUCAUCGGUAUUGGUGGUCAGCACAUCCAGCGCAUCAUGAAGAAGCACUCGGUCUUCGUCAAGUUCUCCAAUGCUAUGGAUAGAGGCGGAAUGGGUCGAGAAGACGACGAUAUCAAAGUUGACAAUGUCAUCUGCCGCACGCCAGCUCGAAACGCCCAGAAUUUGGACGCUGUCAAGAACGAGAUCUUGGAGAUGGUCGAUCGUGCCGAUUCUGAGUACACAUCUCAGAUUGUCAGCGUUGACCGCCUCUAUCAUCGUCAGCUUAUUGCUAGACUUCCUGAGAUCGAUGACCUGGAGCAGAAGUACAACUGCAAGAUCAACUUCCCCAGCACUGAGCAAGCCAGUGAUGAGGUUACGGUUAACGGUCCACAGUGGCAGGUUCCUCACUGUGUCGAUGAGUUUCUCGGCAUGGUCCCAGAUAAGCAUGAGCUUGUCCUCGCCAGAACUCCUGAGCUGGUCAAGUUCCUCGAGUCUCCUGAAUUUGCUCAUGACCUCGUGCCCAAGCUGAAGAGCCAGCAUGAGGUUGAACUCAGCGUCAGGCAGAACCCCGACGAGCUCACUGAGAACGGCGAGCCUACGGUCACUCUUCUUUGGGGGUUCACCCGCAACAACGCCGGUGGUCUCCGUGAUGCUAUGGACUUCAUUCAGUCUCAAUUCGCAACUUCCGGAGCUGAGAUCAAUGUUGUUAAGGGCGCUCUCCCUCGCCCUAAAUCUGACUCGUUUGAAGAUUCUCUGCAGUAUUUCGACUCUAAGCUUCUACAGCACGCUCCUGCACCUGUCGCCACUGAUUCUCCUAUCAAGACUGGCUUUGGCGAUGAAGUCGCUCGCGAGCGAAGCAGUAUUCUCGACCGUCUCCGAAAGCCUGGCAGUAUGACGUCAAUUUCAUCUUUCUUGGACCGCAGAAAGAACAGCUCUCAUUCUGGCAACGGUAACUUUUUCAAGGGUUCAAGCAACGUCUCUAAGUCUUCGCUCAUUUCGAUCGAAUCGACCCGCAGCUUCAACGCCGACCGAAACCCCUGGAACGAUAGCGGCGUCAACCUCCCUGACGACGACAAUCCUUGGGCUCCUCGAACCUUCGGCACUCACAUGGACAACAAAUUGUCCAUUCCUCAACCUGGCGAUGUCACACCUCGCCACAGCACCCGCGCGUCCGGCGACAGCGGGCGCCCUUCCACUUCUCAUUCUAUGAAUUCAGGAUACCCCGCCCCUAUUGGGCCUUUCCGUUAGAUUCCCCCGUGUUAGAACCUCUACAUGCAAAUACCCCGGCUGGAUAUACCCUGGCGUAAAAAUACCCUGGAACGUCGACUUGUGCAUCGGUCGGUUUACGUCUUGCCAUGUUUG